CUUCUUUGCAGCGAUCUUUACUUUGCGUGCAUGUAAUUUGUUGUCGUCGUCGUUGUCGAGUGUUGUGGCGCUGUGUGUAUUUUGUUUAUGAGUCAGGUCUACUGGUAAUAUGGCAGAUGGGGACGAAGAAGAUGUCUUGAAAAUUGGCCAAUGUGCUGGCCAGAGCGAGUAUGGAGCCGUGUAUCGUGGAUGUGUCGGAGAUGCCUCUGUACUUGUCGUGUCUCUUGAUUCAAUGCUAAAGUCAUCAUGCAGGGUGGAUCCGCUAAGUGAGGAAGGACGUCGAUUCUCAGACCACUUGAGCGACUCGUUCGGUACGGCGUGCGACUCAGGCCUGGACGCUGAGUUCGUACUGUUCCCUGUUGGCGUGCAGUGGCCGGGCGAUGGUGGGAAUGAUGAAGAUGCCACUCCGAGUGUGUUGACAGAAGGUACUUUUCACAAUGAAUGUCUUUUCAGCCAGUUUCAGUCGCAAGAAGCUGGCACGGCUAGUGGCAGCAGAAAUCAGAGCUCUGCGACGCGGCAGCAACAGCGACAGCAUCAGAACGGCCAUAGCUCGUGCAACGGCGACAGUGUUGGAGACGUUCAUUCGCAUCCUCACUCUCAGGUACGCACGCCUUACCCGACACUGGACGUGUGUGACCUGAUUGACAUCGCGUGUGAUUUGGCCACUGCGGUGGUGGAUAUCCACAGACACGAUCAAGUGCAUGGAAACAUUCGCUCCAGUUUGCUAACUCUGAGACGUGCCGACAAGCAUAUCAAGGCGCGGCUUCUGUACUGCUGUGUGGCUGAUGCGGUACGCUCCACGUUACAGGAGUUCGAACCGGAAUAUCUCCUGAAGGCGCCGACAUCGGCACCUGAACGUGUCAACGGUCCGCUACGACAACUCCAACCGUCGGAGGAUGUGUACUGUUUUGGCGCUACGAUGCUGGAGUUGUGCUUAGGCCGUCCACUGGGUAGCGUUGCCAGUGACGUACGUAAGCUGUCCGAUCUACAUCCUCUCUAUGAAGUCGUACUGAUGUGCACCAGUUCCCAGCCACAGCUCAGACCCAGCAUGGCCACCGUACUGGAGAGAUGUGUUGAACAACGACAGACCAGCUCCUAUAUUCAUGCCUGGUCGCGAACAGCCGGCGAAUAUGUACAGAAAAUGGAGGAUGACGUCCAUCUGUUGGAGAUCGAACGAGAAAGCCAUGCUGCCCAGCUGAAGCGCUGCAAUCGCAGAAUUGAAGAGCUGACGGAGCAAGAAGAGGAGCUGAAUCAACGUUUGAAGUUGUUGCAAGAUGAGUUCUCUCAAGUCACUGCUGAACACAAGCAGGUCAUUAGUCUGGUGGAGGGAUUGCAAGCCAACAAGACCACCACUACCACUACCAACAGCAGCAGCAGCUCGUGCAAUGGUGAGUCCCAUACUGCUGACAUGUAUGACCAUGACAUCAUCCUGACAUCAGCUGACAUCAUGGCAUCAGCUGAGAUCGUGGCAUCAGCUGACAUCAUGACGUCAUCUGACAUCAUCACAACUGCUGACAUCCUGGCAACGUCUGACAUCGUCACAACGGCUGACAUCACGAUAUCGGCUGAGAUUGCAACCACCAUUGAGCCCUGCAGUAUAGAAGCACAGGAUGAAUUCACAUCAGCAUGGCCAAUGAAUUCUGGUGACACAUCAUCUGGUGUUUCGGAGUGCAUGGUGAGCGACUGUAGUUCCACUCCCAGUGAUGACUUCAAUUCACCACCCCCAGUCAUGUCUGCUCCAGAGAUCUCACCCCCACUCACCAUCAGAACACACACACCCAUCCGUCCUGUGAUCAGCCUCCCUGUAACCAGUCGUUACACAUGUAAUGGCAUUGCCGCCGACAGCAAGGACACCACAGCACCAGCAGCAGCAGCGCAGAGUCCACAGUGGAUGCAGGACAGCAUGCAGCUGGAAGGCAACACAAAGUACAAUUCCCUGAAGCGACGCAAGCGAAGCUGUGGAUCAACCGAGUCUAGCCGAUCAUCCAUGUCACAAAGUCCCACCUCGUCUGUGUCCAGUACCACAGUCUUCAUAACUGAAGCAACACCACCAACUGCCAAGAAAAUGCUACAAGCAACAGAUACCCAAGCAACAGAGACACGACAGUCUGAACAACAUCGAGAGCAAGAUCCUGAACAACCUGUGCAAGCAUCUGCAGCAGAUAUUGCAGCAGGUGCAGCAGUUGACACUCCGGUAGACACAGCGUCCAGCCUAGCUACGGGCGUAGCCGCAGCAGCAGCCACAACGCCUGCGGACCAGGCUGGUGGUCGGAACACCUCGCUGCGCAGGUCUGUGAGUCAAAAGCUGCCAAAGACAGCCACGGAGAGAUACAGUGCUCGGCGCAACUCCGUGUCACCCACACCAUCGCCGAUACUAGUAACUCGGCGUGGCAGUAUCGACGGCCAAUCACCACCAACUGGACGUGUGCAGAAAAUGGCCGAGCUAUUCCGAAGCCGCGCUCAGUCUAUAACCCCACAGAUAUCACAUUCUACCAAUCAACUGGCAUCGGCCAAUGGCGGUGCGUGUUCUCUGUCUACAGCAGGCCUUGCAAAGAUGGACGGCCUGCGUCAUCGUUCUCGCUCCUACUCCGUCUUACUCCACCAGCCGGCAAUGCAGCACACUACCGAUCUGUCUGCAUCCGAUGGCUCAAGAAAAAUACCUGUGGGUCGUGCAAGGAGCAUUGGCGAAGUGACUAGUCAAGAUCCAAGGUAUGCAGAGUGGACGACAGCCGGACCGAAUGGCAAUGCUCCACCAGCUCCAGGCACCAAGAAGCGUAUAGCAUCGGUGUCGGAGCGUGUCGGGGCAGCCAGGCAGAAAGGCAUUGCUGACGAUACAUGGUGGAUGAUUAGAAAGCAGUGAGACACCGUUACCAUAGUUACCUGGCGUUACUGAUGAUAAGUGGUGGAUGCUUAGAAAGCAAUGAGUGUCUCAGUCUACGGUUGCUAUAGUUACCUUCUUUCACGACCUUCUAAACAGCAGACUGUGUGAUGCACUUGAGAUGAAGUAUAUGUGUGUGAAGUAUGUGUGUGAAGUAUGUGUGUGAAGUAUGUGCGUGUGCCGGCAUGUGUAGCGUGAUGUGUGUGUGUGUGUGUAUGUGUGUGUACCGGUAUGUGUAUGUAUGUGUGUGUGUGUGUGUGUGUGUGUGUGUGUGUGUGUGUGUGUGUAUGAAGUAUGCGUAUCCUUGGCAUUCCUUGCACACGUACCCGUGCAUGUGUAUCACUAUACUAGUCCCUAUUGUACGCGUGUAUAUAAUCAUGUGAAGUAAAGUACACUACUAAAGUACAAUGUGUUAGUCCUUGCCUGUAUCAGCAUGCUCUACUGCUAGCUGUGCGGCACAUUCCGCUUACACUUCUAUUCUCAUCGGCUGUGCUGUGUAUUCUCCGUGUCACUAAUUGAACAGUGCCAAGCACAGGGCUGUGCUGUGUAUUCUCCGUGUCACUAAUUGAACACUGCCAAGCACAGGGCUGCAUGUCACUGUACUCUCGUCAGCACACUGCCAUACUGUGCACUGCGCUAGUGUGUAUGUAUGUUGCCAUGGGGAUGCAAAACCUCUCUUUUACCUUUACUUGAUUUUAUCAGAAUGAACGGAUUCGUCCUUUUUUUUUCUUCCAGAAACAGAAAUCAUUCAAAUCUGCUAUGAGUGUUUGACCGCUAGCUUCCCAACUGAGAGAAUCAUUUCUUCUCUACAUGGAAUAUUAAUAUUAUGUUCUUCUUGUGUAUGCUGUGUGCCCUUCUGCUUCGGUAGUUAAUUGACGUACACGCUGUGCAAAAUUAUUAAAUUUUCAUUUUAUUGGCUGCCCCCCCCCCCCCUCCCCUCCCCCUUGCUACCCUGCUGUCUCCUGAAUGCUCUAUUAAUUUCGUGUCCUAUUAUAACUAUUGUGUGUGGGCCAUAGCCGAGAUAACUAUUGUGUGUGGGCCAUAGCUGAGAUAACUAUUGUGUGUGGGCCAUAGCCGAGACCGUCUGAAACACUACAUGUAUCAUGGUAAAUAAACGCUGCGCUCAUUCUGUGAA